CCGCCUCGAUUGACAAGCCGCGCCAAUCGCGCCCUGACCGUCGUGGCUGACCACCGCGAUGAUUCACAGCGCAGCGCCGCGGCGUCCCGUAGCGUCGCUGGCGCUCUUCCCAGCGCUCGCGCUUCUUGCCGUGGCGGCCACGCUCCUUUCGCACAGGCUCACGGCGCCCGACUCGCUGCAGCAGUCCGCCGAGGCGGAGCCCGCCACGACCCGCGGCUGGUACCCGGGCAAAUAUUUCGACAAGGCGACCGGCGGCGCCUUCCACAAGGAGUCCUUCGACGCUCCUCCGGGGAUGCCGGAGGGCACGAAGUGCAACGAGGUGGCGCCUUGGCUCGAGGCCUUCAUCAACGACGGCGUGCAAAAGGUGAUCACCGAGAUCCCGCGGCGGCCGAAGCUGUCUCGCAUGCCGCUGACGGUGCUGGUUCGCGUCGGCCUCGUCGAGACGGAGGUGCAGAACAUGUCCAUCAAGGCGAUCGAGGUCGGGCAGGUUCGGAUGGGCGCCUGCCGCAGGCCGAGGCGGAUCCUGCGCGGCGUGCCUCGGCUGCUUCCCGACGUGCUCCUCGUCAGCAUCGAGGACGUCAACAUGACGCAGGCGCUGCGCGUGCAGUACCCCGGCGUCUUUGGCGUCGGCGCCGUCGCCGCCGACGCCGUCUCGGACAUGCGCGGCUCGCUCAACCUGACGAUAGCCUUUGGCGAGGCCUCGGACGGCUCCAAGGUGACGGCUUGCUCGGGCGACUUCCAGCCGGGCGCGACGCAGCUGAUGGGGCCCCUCGGCGUCGGGCUCAGCCUCUCCGCCACGCCGCUCCCCUUCCCGGUGGGCAAGAUCCUCUGCUACGGCCCGCAGGCGCUGCUCGGCCCCGCUGCCGGCGCGCUGAUGGACGUGACGCUCGAGGGAGCGGCGGGCUCGGUGCUCGAGGGCAAGGUGAAGGAGUUCGGCGGGCUGGUGCAGAUGCUCAACGACUUCCUCGCCAAGCACACGCCGGGGCCAGACUACGAGGGCUGGUACUUGGGCAAGAACCUGGUCGAGGGCGGCCAGGCGGCGGAGACGGCGGCGGAGGAGUGGCACCCGGGCCAGCGCCUCGAGGGGUGGCACCCCGGCCAGCGGAUAGAGCAGGCCCUCGCGAGCUCGCCGCCUCCGCCCUCGCCGCCCCCGCCCGGAGGAGGAUGGUGGAUCUUCCAGGGCGCCGCCGAGCAGUCGCCCCCGCCUCCGCCUCCGGAGGGGUGGUACCCCGGCAAGCGCCUCAAGGAGGGCGGCGGCUGGUACCCGGGCAAGAACUUGCCGCGCAGUGUCGAGGAGGAGGCCCAGGAGGCGGCGUGACAGAGGUGGAGCGAGGACAGGUUAGUCGUUAGAUGGAGUCGGCACGCGAGCGAGCGUGUGUAGGUGAUGCAAGCCGCCAGACACGAGAUAUCUAUCACAUGUCCGCGGAGAUACACACACGUCGACGCGCCGCCCGCCGCGCGGCGGAUAGGCGCAACUGUCGGGUUCAGAGAGCAUGCCUGGUUUUGUGUAGCAUGCAUGUUUACGUAAAGCUUGGAGCGUU